UUCGUUCUAAAUAAUCGAAAAUUGAUCUCGAUCCUACUCGACUCGUCGUCGUCUUUCAAAGGCUUUCGAAAAUUUUGGGAUUUUCAUCGAUCGAUCGAUCGAUCGAUCGGUCGAUCGAUCCUCGAGUUUUCAUUUCGUAUUCAGGUGCUUUUCUUCCUAAUCGUUUUUAGGAUGCCUGGGACGGACGUGAUCUUUUACAAAAUUGUGUGAAACUGAAAGAAGAAAGGUAGAGAGAAAAACGAAGAAAAACAGAAAGAGAGAGAGAGAGAGAGAGAUUGAGAGGGAAAGACAGAGAGACCAUUCGAGAUCGUUCGGUGAUCAAUCGUUUAUUUUUUCCUUUUUUUAUUUCCGUGCGAGAAAGAAGAAAGAGAUAAAAGUACGAGGAAAUUAUAAAGAUCAAAAAUAGAAUAAAAUGGAAGCUCGUUAUUAUUAUUAUUGCGACGAUCGUUCCAUCAGUUCACGGCCAUGCUCGAAGUUUCACGAAAGAAGACGCGAGAGAUCCAGGAUCGAAACCGGCGCUAAGAAGAAAUCUUUUACCUUCGAUCGGAUCGAAGAGAAAAGAGAGUUUGCGAUGCCUGAACUCAGAGACUUCGAUGGUGAGCGGCUCGCGUGUGAAUGCCGACCGGAAUCUUCCGUAUUGACGAGUGACGCGUACGCGGGUGACGACGAUAAUGAUCUACAAAUCUCUACUUUGUCUUCUUCUACUACUACUAAUACUAAUACUAAUACUAAUACUUCCACCGAUAAAUCAUUUUCCUCGCUUCGUCGUAUCCAGAAGAAGAGAAGUUUGCCGAUUUAUAUUCUACCAAGGAUGGCCGCACUUUUUAUCUUCUUCGUUUGCAUUCUCAUGCAGGAUGGACAGUCAACUUACGCGGCCUUCACAACCGUUACCACUGCACGAGAUCCUGAGUUCGUCUCUGAAAUAGGAAAUAUCACGGUACCGGCAGGGCGUAACGUUAAACUGGCAUGCAGUGUGAAGGAUUUGGGUACGUUCAAGGUGGCCUGGAUGCUCUUCGACAAGAGCGCCAUUCUGACGGUACAGAAUCACGUUAUUACCAGGAACCCAAGAAUAUCUGUGUCGCACGACGAGCAUACAACCUGGUACCUACAUAUCAAUAACGUGCACGAGGAUGACAAGGGAAAGUACAUGUGCCAGAUUAAUACGGCUGCGGCCAAAACACAAUAUGGAUAUCUCCACGUCGUUGUUCCACCGAAUAUCGACGAUUCACAGAGUUCCUCAGAUGCUAUAGUACGAGAGGGUGCAAACGUAACUUUGACGUGCAAAGCAACCGGAAGUCCAAUACCCAGCAUUCGUUGGAAAAGAGAUGACAAUUCGAAAAUCACGAUCAAUAAAAGUCUUUCCGUGCUCGAAUGGGUGGGAGAGACGCUAGAAAUGGAGCGCAUUUCUCGACUAGACAUGGGCGCUUAUCUCUGCAUCGCUAGCAAUGGUAUUCCGCCUACGGUCAGCAAGCAGAUCAAGGUGUCCGUUGAUUUUCCCCCUAUGCUCUCAAUACCGCACCAAUUGGUUGGCGCACCCUUAGGUUACUCCGUCAAGUUGGAAUGCUAUACGGAAGCUCAUCCGACUUCUUUAAAUUAUUGGACCAGAGAGGACAAGCACAUGAUUCACGACAGCAACAAAUACAAGGUCGUUUCUACUCCUGAGGUUCCAUCUUAUAAGACUCAUAUGACCCUCGAAAUUUUCGACAUUCAGAUGGAGGACUAUGGUGCUUACAAGUGCGUAGCGAAAAAUCCACGGGGCAAUACCGACGGCGUCAUUCGGCUGUACAAAUCACCACCCCCGAGCACCAGUCCGAGCCCGUCAACCACCGAGAUCCCUAGAAAAGAUUGGGAGGCGAUAACGGAGCUGAACAAUUCCGUUUAUGCAAAUCCAAACUUGCUGACGAUUCACAACGAUAAGAAUAUGAAAACGAGUAACAAGUUUCAGUCGAACAUAAACGAGAUCGGAAAGUCGGAACAAAAGUCGAGCGACUUGAACAGGAAAAGGAAUUACAAUUGGCCUUCUGACGACAACGAUGCUGCAAUAUGCAUCGGGACGACAGGUGCAGCGAUAGCACUGAGCCUAAUCAUGACGACGAUUAUUCGAUAAGUUCGAAAAUGCUGAAGGACCACACCGACGUCCGUUUUUCUGUAAUUAUGGAUUACGUUAAACAGAGGAAAAUAAAAUGAAAUAAAAUAAAAAGUUAACAAGAAAAAAAAAAAAAAGAAACACGUACACACGAGAUUAGAGACCCAAAUACACGUACACAUAGAAAUAUACACAGAGAGACGUGUACACGAAAAAGGCAUAAAGACUGACCGAGUAGUUAGUGUCGUAUAAAAAAAAAAAAAAAAAAAAAAAAAAAAAAGAAGAAAAAAAGAGAGAAAAAAUACAGAAGAUGAUGAAGGAAAAGAAUAAGAAGAAGAUGAAGAAGAGGAAAAUGAAAAAGGAAAAUCAAUAUGUAACGAGAUUUAUUAUGAAAUUUGAUUACGCGUGUCAAGAAGUAAGUGCAAACGAGAGUUCAAUGAGGAAGAUGAAAAAUUAAAAAAAGAAAAAAAAAAAAGCAAAAAGAAAAGAAGAAAAAGAAACAGGAACGAACGAAACGAGACGAACGAUUAAUGGAAAAUCACAAAGUGCAACGACUAUCGCUUUCAAUGUAAAAUAUUGUAUAACGCCGUAAUGUAUCAGUAAAUGAAGAAAAAAAAAAAAAACAAAAAAAGGAAAAAAAAAAAACCAAAAAACAAAUAUUCAUGCCGCGCCAACAGAACCUCCCCCACAGAUCAGCACAGCGAGGAGAGAAGGUCGUUUACGUGCGAAUCGAUUCUCUAUUUAUAUUUCUAUAUUCUAUUGUAUCAUGUUGCUAUAGAAAGUUUUGUCAACAAUUUAUCCUUUCUUCAUUUGCAAUAUAUCGAAAGCAAACGUCCUACAUUUGUUUUUGAAACUUCAAGGAUGAAAUUAUUUCCUCUCUUGCUAUUGUUAUUGUUGUUGUUAUUGUUGUCAUUAUCAUUAUUAUUAUUAUUAUUAUUAUUAUUAUUAUUAUUA